AUGCCGUCCCUCGAAAGUCCCAUCAAAAAUGAUGCGAGACUGCUUCUCGUCUCCAACCGCUUGCCCAUCACCAUCAAGCGGUCCGAAGAUGGCAAAUAUGACUUUUCCAUGUCUUCCGGAGGCCUAGUCAGUGGUCUCAGUGGAUUGUCCAAGUCUACGACAUUCCAAUGGUACGGCUGGCCUGGUCUGGAAGUUCCCGAAGAGGAAAUUCCGAUCGUCAAACGCCGCCUGAAGGACGAAUAUAAUGCGAUCCCCGUGUUCAUCGACGAUGAACUUGCGGAUCGUCACUACAAUGGGUUCUCGAAUUCAAUCCUCUGGCCGCUAUUCCAUUACCACCCUGGCGAAAUCACCUUCGACGAAGCUGCAUGGGAAGCAUACAAGGAGGCAAAUCGCCUUUUCGCCAAAGCCGUUGCGAAGGAGGUGCGCGAUGGAGAUCUGAUCUGGGUCCAUGACUACCAUCUGAUGCUCCUUCCCGAAAUGCUUCGUGAGGAGAUUGGCGACACCAAGGAAAAUGUGAAGAUCGGCUUCUUCCUGCACACGCCCUUCCCCAGUAGCGAAAUCUACCGAAUCCUCCCCGUCCGAAAUGAGCUACUCCUCGGGGUUCUCCAUUGUGACCUCAUCGGCUUCCACACCUACGACUAUACGAGACAUUUCCUGAGUGCUUGCUCCCGGCUAUUAGGACUGGCCACGACGCCCAAUGGAAUUGAGUUCCAGGGCAAAAUUAUUGCCUGCGGGGCCUUCCCCAUUGGCAUCGACCCGGAGAAGUUCCAGGAGGGCCUCAAAAAGGAAAAGGUCCAGAAGCGAAUCGCAAUGCUGGAGCAGAAAUUCCAGGGCGUAAAGCUCAUGGUAGGUGUAGACCGCCUCGAUUAUAUCAAGGGUGUACCGCAGAAGCUGCACGCCCUUGAGGUCUUCCUCUCGGACCAUCCCGAGUGGGUUGGGAAAGUUGUGUUGGUGCAGGUGGCUGUCCCCAGUCGGCAAGACGUCGAGGAAUACCAGAACUUGAGGGCCGUCGUCAACGAAUUGGUUGGCAGGAUCAACGGAAAAUUUGGUACUGUGGAGUUCAUGCCCAUCCAUUUCUUGCACAAAUCAGUCAACUUUGACGAGUUGAUCGCUUUGUACGCUGUGUCGGAUGCCUGCAUUGUCUCCUCAACCCGCGAUGGAAUGAACCUUGUCGCAUACGAAUAUAUUGCGGCGCAGCAAAAGCGGCACGGUGUCUUGGUGCUCUCCGAAUUUGCCGGCGCGGCGCAGAGUCUGAACGGCAGUAUCAUCAUCAAUCCUUGGAAUACCGAAGAGCUCGCUGCCGCCUACCAGGAGGCGGUCACCAUGAGUGACGAGCAAAGAGCCCUGAAUUUCUCGAAGCUGGAUAAAUAUGUCAGCAAAUAUACCAGCGCUUUCUGGGGUCAGUCUUUCGUUACUGAGUUGACCCGGAUAUCGGCUCAUUCGGCGGAGAAAUUCCACUCCAAAAAGGCUUCUGUCGUUGGCAAUGCUGACGUAGUUAACGGCGCGAGUGUCUCCGAUGAAGGCAAUCUGAUUCCUCAGUGA